AUCGGUCGCUCGUUGGCUCUACAUCCAAAGUCCGGAUCCACGACGCUCUUGCUGCCGACGUUUUUUGCACGAGUUUUUUCCAUACGUAUUUGUUCAUUGACAAAAACUCAAGCUGCGCUCUGUGCGUGCGUGUGUGUGCCCGUGCAUGUGUGUGUGAGCGCGCGCAAUUGUGUGAGUGCGGUGCUUUGUGUGCAGAAUAAUUUUUGCAAACAUUAUGUAAAUGCGCAAAUUAAAGUUCAAUCGACGCCAGUUUUGAGUCCGAAACCAGAUCGCCUUGCUUUAAGUGCCACGGAGCAACAGUUUUUUGAUUAGAAAUACAAAAUAAACUCCUAGAACUCCCACAAACAAAUCGAAACACAGUAAGGAUCUCAAAAGAUCCGGCGGAUACACCUUUACCGUUACGAAAAUCUUAAAAUGGCCACGACAGCGGCCGCAAUGGCCGCCACAAGUGUUGUUGUUCUCGAUCGCGGUAACAAUACGACUUGCACCAUCAACUUGCACGGUGCCACAGUUGUGUCCUGGCGGGUAAACAAUCAGGAGCAGUUGUUUGUCAGCAAACUGGCCUCGUUCGAUGGCAAGAAGGCGAUACGUGGCGGGAUUCCCUUUGUCUUUCCCCAGUUCGGAGCUUGGUCCUUCGGGCCGCAGCAUGGAUUUGCGAGGAUUACCCGGUGGCAUCUGGAGAGACCACCGGACCGGCUGCAUAAUGGCGAUGUCGAGGCAAUAUUUUCACUGAUGGACAACGACUUCACACGCUCCAUUUGGAACUAUCAAUUCCGUAUCACCUACCGGUUGAUCCUACGCGAAAAGGAGCUCCACUUCCACAUCGGCGUCUACAAUCCCAGCAAGGAGCUGAGCUUCACCUUCAACAUGCUGCUGCACACCUACCUAAAGGUGCCCGAUGUCCGUCGUUGUCAGAUCACAGGACUCCAGGGCUGCCACUUCAUCGACAAGACUCGGGAGAACGCGCUCUAUCAGGAGGGACGCGAAGUGGUGACCGUCAACGAGUGGACCGACAGGAUCUAUCAGCACACACCGCAGGAGCACGUCAUUACCAACGUGGUGUCCGGACGAAAGAUGAGACUGCACAAGUACAAUUUUCCCGACACGGUCAUCUGGAAUCCUUGGAUCGAUCGAUCGCGUGAGAUGAGUGACUUUGGGGACGACGAGUUCCCCAACAUGUUAUGUGUGGAGGCGGGCAACGUGACCUCGCCCGUGAUCCUGCUGCCGGGCACCGCUUUCGAGGCCAGCCAGAUCCUUCAGACCUAUUUCACCCUCCCAGCAAUUCAAGUGUCCCUAUACUAUAAAUUCAUCCAAUUGGAAAAGCAAUCUAACCAACUUCCUACAAUACGACUAGAGUCAUACUGUCCACCUCCAUAUUCCAAUUCCAAUUCUUUACUUUGCAUGCUAUCAGAUCAUCAUCGAGGGGAAUGUUAGUCGCAAGACGAAGAGGAAUCGCUAGCGUUUAAAGAAUCGGAACCCAAUGAGGUAAACCGAUUCGCAACCAUGUCAAUGCGCACUUUUCCACAGAGAUCCUGGGGCGAUGAAUUGGCCCACUAGAUGAGGAUCGGCGUCAGAAGGAGCAGGAGAAUCAGGAUGAGGAGGAGGAGGAGGGAGUCAGGAAAAUGUUUGGUUAUUCCCGCACGGUCUCUAGACUCUAAUAUAUUUCUUAAGUAAUCGUAAAUCCCUCUCUAGCAAUAUGUGUUGUGCAAAGAAUGAUAAAGGAAUAACUUCGUUAACCAUCCUUAGUUUGUGCCUACUUGGAACUGACUUAAUUGGAAGUCGAUAAGCAGUUUUGACAUUCCUAGCCAGGGGAAAGACCCUUAAAUAAAAUGUGCAUUGAUAGUUAUUUAAUCAGGUUCUAUGGAGCAGGAAGUGACGGUAGCGGAAAAUAUGGCUUUUAAAUCGAGCAAAUUUAAGUAUCUUCUGGCCAAAAUUAAAAGGAUCCCUUUAAAAGUAGCAUCAAAUCGCUGUUACUAUAAAAAAUAUUUUCGUUCAUUGUGAUGACCUCACUUUCUGCUCUAAAAUCUUACUUAUUCAGCAAAUAUAGAUGAACUAAACUAAUGAGUAAUGGGCCCUUCUAGCUCUGGUCAGCACCCAUUUCAUAAACGUGUAUACGAUUGAAUAUAGAUAACUUACAUAAUGUUUUAAACCUAAUAUGUGUAAAAUACUAAAAGCAAUUAUCUGUACCAAUUAAUGUAAUAAUCUUGCAAUUAAAUGUAAUUGUAACUAUGAAA